AUGUCUGAUAUUACUGAAAAGACAGUGGAACAAUUGGAAAACUUGAAAAUCAGCGAAUCUGAAGAUCAACCAUCCACUACUACAUCAACAGAAACCUCUCCUGCCUCCUUAUACGUUGGUGAACUGGACCCAACUGUUUCUGAAGCUUUAUUGUACGAUAUCUUCUCUCCAAUUGGUUCAGUCUCUUCCAUCCGUGUUUGUCGUGAUGCUGUCACCAAGACUUCCUUAGGUUACGCAUACGUCAACUUCAACGACCAUGAAGCUGGUAAGAAGGCUAUUGAACAAUUAAACUACACUCCAAUCAAGGGCAGAUUAUGUCGUAUCAUGUGGUCUCAACGUGAUCCAGCUUUGAGAAAGAAGGGUUCAGGUAACAUUUUCAUUAAGAACUUACACCCAGAUAUCGAUAACAAGGCUUUAUUCGAAACUUUCUCCGUCUUUGGUAACAUCUUGUCUUCUAAGAUUGCCACUGAUGAAACUGGUAAGUCCAAGGGUUUCGGGUUUGUUCAUUUCGAACAUGAAAGCUCUGCCAAGGAAGCUAUUGAUGCUUUGAAUGGUAUGUUGUUGAACGGUCAAGAAAUCUAUGUGGCUCCUCAUUUGACUAGAAAGGAACGUGAUUCUCAAUUAGAAGAAACUAAGGCUCACUUCACUAAUGUUUACGUCAAGAAUAUUAAUUUGGAAACCACUGAUGAAGAAUUCAACGAAUUAUUUGCCAAGUACGGUAAUGUCUUAUCCUCUUCUUUGGAGAAGACUGAAGACGGUAAGUUGAAGGGUUUCGGUUUCGUCGAUUUUGAAAAGCAUGAAGAUGCUGCCAAGGCUGUCGAAGAAUUAAACGGUACUGAAUUCAAGGACCAAACUUUAUUCGUUUCUCGUGCUCAAAAGAAGUAUGAACGUAUGCAAGAAUUAAAAAAGCAAUACGAAGCUUCCAGAUUGGAAAAAAUGGCUAAAUACCAAGGUGUUAACUUAUUUGUCAAGAACUUGGAUGAUUCUAUUGAUGACGAAAAAUUAAAGGAAGAAUUCGCUCCAUAUGGUACCAUCACCUCUGUUAGAGUUAUGAGAACUGAUAAUGGUAAAUCCAAGGGUUUCGGUUUCGUCUGUUUCUCUACCCCAGAAGAAGCUACUAAGGCCAUUACUGAAAAGAACCAACAAAUUGUUGCUGGUAAGCCAUUAUACGUUGCUAUUGCUCAAAGAAAGGAUGUUAGACGUUCUCAAUUGGCUCAACAAAUUCAAGCUAGAACUCAAAUGAGAUACCAACAAGCUACUGCUGCUGCUGCCGCAGCCGCUGCCGGUAUCCCAGGUCAAUUCAUGCCACCAAUGUUCUACGGUGUUAUGCCACCAAGAGGUGUUCCAUUUAACGGUCCAAACCCACAACAAAUGAAUGGUGUUCCACCACAACAGUUCAGAAAUGGUCCAGGUUAUGGUAUGCCACCACAAGGUGGAUUCCCAAGAAAUGGUGUUCCAAACCAAUUCUACCAAAAGAACCAAAGACAAGCCUUAGGUGAAGAAUUAUACAAGAAGGUCUCUGCUAAGAACGCCGACGAAGAAGCUGCUGGUAAGAUCACUGGUAUGAUUCUAGAUUUACCACCUCAAGAAGUUGUCUCUUUGUUAGAAAAUGACGAAUUGUUUGAACAACAUUUCAAGGAAGCUUCCGCUGCUUACGAAUCCUUCAAGCAAGAACAAGAACAGCAACAAGCCCAACCUGUUGAACAAGAAUCUGCUCCUCAAGCUUAA